AUGACAACUGAGCAGCUCAAGAGAACCGCCUAUGCAUCCCAUUUACCCUCACGUCAUGUAAGCUUCAGUCAUACCGUCCAGUAUAAAGAGUACGAUGACGACAGCCGUCAAAGGACCAAGUGGGUAACCAGCGCGGCCGGAGCACCACGCGAUGAGGCCUCCUCAGCCAAGCCUACAUUUGACUAUGGGACCCGAUUACCAGAAAUCUUGCUCAAGGAGUACAUCGAUGAGAUGAUAUGCCUUGGAAACGCUGGUCUUGAUGAACUGGAAGAACAGCUCAUGCUCUUUCUACGCGGCCUCCCAUAUGCUAAGGAUGACUACUAG